AUGUCACUCAGCCUUCCGGAACCCUCCGCUCAUGAUCCCAUCGUUCCAAAACGACGACCUCUAAAACCAAACAUUCCGAAAACCAACAUUCUAGAACACGACAUCAGAACGCCUCCGCCACAGAGCCGUGUUCUGAAGAGUACGAACAGAUUUGAGCCAAUCACGUGUCUCCUUCUCAUCCUGGGAUUAACCCGACACACCUGAACGCCACCAUGGGAAACGUUUCUGUGUUUUAAUGUAGACGUCAACGUUGUUCUGAAUCAUCAUGACAGUCGAACCCGAACGCUAACGUCUAAUGUCGGCAGUUUCUGUGAAAUGUGCCGAAAACGCCGACAUCAGUGCGAGGUAACUGUCAUGGCGGAGUCGACUCGGUCCACAGAGGCUGAGAGUCAGUCCGGUUUCACAUCAGGGGAGCCGGGCUGA